UGACACCGUCUUAAAUAAAUAAUUUAAAUUAUUUAAAAUUUAAAUAUAAACAAAACAUCCAAAACAACUUUUGUAUAUCCAUUAAUUAUGUGAAUUACUUCGUUUUCAUAAUCACAUUCAACGAUAGUAUGUUUUGUUUAAAGAUUUUAUUUAAAAAUAAACAUGAUUUAUAAAUAACUUGUCGCCCCGAAAGAAGAAAAUGAUUGAUUUAUUCCAAAAUAUUGGCACAUGAGGUGUAUUCAAAACGCAAAAUGUUUGAGAGAAAACUUCUUUAUGCUUUUCGAGGAUGGAUAGCAUUUGUUGCAUUUAUGGAUAUGGGAACAGCAGUGAGGAGUUAUAUAGAAAGGAGAUCCUUUUUGGGCGAUCAUUCACAAAAUCAGUUUAUAGCCGAUGAUUACACGAUUUCAAGAAUGCUUGGUAUGUACUGUUUAUUGAAAGCUCUUGCGCUAGUCCACUGCACAUUAUAUAUUCACUACAGACCGGUUGUGAGCAUGGGCGGAUGUGCAUUAGCACUAACAAUAAUUUUAUAUUUCUUGGAAGCCCUGUAUUUCAAAUCUACCACUGUUAAUUUUUAUGUGCUAUUUCCUACGGUAUUGAAUUUAUUAACACUUAUGGGCUUACUUUACAUACCCAAAAAGUUGAAGUUAUGGGAGCCUAAAAUGGAGAAUGAUGAUGAAAAUGCUCAAUUAUUGAAAACUAUUGGUCUAAAGCGCCGUAGGCAAAAUAAUAAGAAACAAUAAUUUAACAAUAACAAUUCGAGUAAAACUUGAUCAUCCAUGAAUUCAUUAAAAAAUGUAAAGAUGAUUGUUUUCAAAUUACAAAAUAAGAAUAAGCUUUACUUCCUAAAUCUUGGAAUAUCAUUGUACAU